GAAGUGUAGAAGUACUAAGUGUAGAAUUCUGUGCAGCCACUUGACCUCAUGAAACUGCCGCGGUCUGGCACAUCGACUCUCAACACGUGAAAAAUGCACGAAUCGCGACACAUCAUGUUGCAAAAUCAUUAGUAGCCAUUUAUCCGCCAAAUAAACAACAAUAGACGUCAUUAAGAAAGCACCCUUUUAAUAUGUGAUAAAAAGUGCAAACACACCUGAAAACUAAAAAAGCGAGUCAAAAUUGGUACGACGGCUAAAUUUCGAUCUCUGGUUCGAAAUUGUCACGUCUUCGCAAUGGACCAGGAAAGAAAGAAACGGAACAGCGCAAGGGACAUCACUGCAGUUUUAAAUUUACAAAAUUAAAAACAGUAGGUGAGAAUUUGCCGAAACUAGACCAACUGCUGCGCUGGGGGCACUGCCGCGGUCUGGCACAUCGACUCUAGAUAUCUAGAUUUAGAUUCUAGAUCUAGAUAUCUAGAUCUAGAUUCUAGGUCUAGAUUUCUAGAUUUAGGUCUACAGUACAGUGGUUCGAACUUCGAACAUUCAUCAGUCAUCAGAUUAGAUAAGGAUUUCAGUGCGAAACCCCAUGUUUGCCUCGAGCACUAAGAUUCAACAAAAUUGGAGGUCAGGCACCAAGACUUCGUUGAAUCCGAGUUCUAUUGUAUGAGAUGGGAUGAUAGCAGUGUGAUGAUGGGGGACUGAUUAUAUUCAGCCACAGAACUCAGCUGCACAUUUUCAACACCUCGGUCAACUCCAAGUACCAGAAUAUGCUCUGGAAGAAGAGGCCUGAAAUCCCUGUGAAAUGGCUGGCAGCACAGAUGACCAUAAGAUCUUCAAUGAUCCAAUCCAUGGCCAUAUUAGUCUUCACCCAGCUUGUGUUGCUAUUGUAGACACACAGCAGUUUCAGCGCUUGCGCUACAUCAAGCAACUAGGGGUCUGUUACUAUGUCUACCCUGGUGCAUCACACAACAGAUUCGAGCACUCCAUUGG